CAAGACUCGAACCGCUCAGCACACCGACAUCCAGCUCUGCAUGGCGCACCCACACGCGGCCGCUGCGCCCCUCUACCCUUCAUCAGCUCCGGCACCGGCACGUCCCCACCGUUCGCACGACCACGCGCACCGAGGCCCGGCGAGGGCAGAGGGCGAGCUGAGCGAGACUGCCGUCGUCUGGGACACCGAGCUGCGCGAGUGGCGCUCGCAGGACGAGGCGGCGCAGGGGCUCGCGUCGCGAGCGAUGGACGAGCGAGCCGACGCCGUCGUCGAGGGCAGCGAGGACGAGGCGACGGUCGCACCUACGCGCUCGGUGUCGGUCGAGGCGGGCGAGAAGCGUGCCGGGGCAGGACCGGAGCUCGACCGCGCGAGGACCUUGACGGCCGCGACCGAGGAGGGCAAGGAGGGGAGGGAGGUCAUCUGGACCGAAUGGAACGCGGACGACAGGGAGAACCCGUUCAACUGGAGCCAGCGCAAGAAGUGGCAGACGUGCCUCAUCGCAUGCUUCUUCACCCUUUCUGCCGCCUACUCGGGUACGGCGUUCGCGAUGGGCACGCCGUCCCUCAUGCGCGACCUGAACGUCUCGCACGAGGUCGCGACACUCGGACUGUCCUUCUUUCCGCUCGGCUUCGCGCUCGGCCCUCUCUUCACGGCUCCUCUAUCCGAAGCCUAUGGACGCUACCCGCUCUACGUCAUCUCGUCACUCGUCUACCUCGUCUUCUUCAUCCCGACCGCGUACGGCCAGAAUAUUGCCACGGUCGUCAUCGCCCGCUUCAUCGGCGGUAUCGCUGCCUCGACGGGCUCGACGCUCGUCGGUGGGACCGUCGCCGACCUGUUCGACACGCACGAGCGCGGUCUGCCGAUGGCCAUCUUCAGCAUCAUGGCGUUCGCCGGAACGGGCCUCGGGCCUGCGGUCAGCGGGUACAUCGAGUUCAAGCUCGGCUGGAGGUGGAUCAGCUGGGUCCAGAUGAUGCUCUGCGGCGUCCUCACCGUCCUCAUCAUCCUCUUCACGCGCGAGACUCGCGGCAGCGUCAUCCUGUCGCGCCGGGCCCGCAAGAUGCGCAAGGACACGGGCGACGACCGGUACCAGUGCCGCAGUGACGCUGAGCGAGCGAGCCUGGCGGUCCUCCUCAAGGUCAGCAUGACGAGGCCCAUCUACCUCCUCUGCACCGAGCCGAUCGUCUUCUUCGUCUCGCUCUGGGCGGGUUUCUCCUGGGGAUCGCUCUAUCUACUCGUCGAGGCCGUUCCUCUCAUCUUUGGCAACGUCUACGGGUUCAACGCCGGCCAGGUCGGGCUCGUCUUCUACUCGGUCGUCGUCGCGACGUUCAUCGGCGCCGUCUCGAGCUACUACCAGGAGCGCCUGUACCGCAAGAACGUCGCAAAGCGCGGGCCCGAGGCGCGCCUGUACGCCUCGCUCAUCGGCGGCCUCGUCUUCCCGGCCGGCGCCUUCAUCCUCGCGUUCAGCCAAGGUCGAGGGCACUGGAUGGGCCCCGUCGUCGGCUUGACUUUGAUCUUCACCGGCGUCUACACGAUCUACCUGGCCGUCUUCAGCUACCUCGCCGACUGCUACACCAUUUACGCCUCGUCCGCGCUCAGCGGCCAGUCGCUCUUCCGCAACCUCGCAGCAUGCGGGUUCCCUUUGUUCUGCACGCAGAUGUACAACUCGCUCGGGUACCAAUGGGCGUCCUUCCUGGCGGGCUGCGUCGCGCUCGUCCUUGCGGCAACGCCGUGGGUCCUUUUCGCGUUCGGGCCCAAGAUCCGGGAAAAGAGCAACUUUGCGAAGGAGCUCGCCCGGAUGCGCGGCGAGGCGGCCUAGCCGCCCUCGCUCGCCGCCGCUCGAGUCCUCGCUUCUCCCAGCCCUCCUUAGACACGCACAUAGACCAUAGACGGGCGUCGGACGCUGUAGUGCAGAGACCUGAUUUUUCACGAG